GCCGGGCGGGCUCCCCGCCGGCAGCGCCUGCGCACGGCGGCGCCGCUGCCGGUUGGUGCCGGCGCUCCGCAGUGGGGGAGCGGCGGGCGCGGAGCCGCGGCCGGUCCCAGCUCCAGAGCCAGCGGCGCGGGGAGCACCGGGCGCAGCCAUGUCCGUGGUGGGCAUCGACCUCGGCUUCCUCAACUGCUACAUCGGCGUGGCGCGGAGCGGCGGCAUCGAGACCAUCGCCAACGAGUACAGCGACCGCUGCACGCCAGCAUGUGUAUCUUUAGGAUCCAAGACCCGAGCCAUUGGGAAUGCAGCAAAGAGCCAGAUCGUCACAAACGUAAAAAACGCAGUACAUGGCUUCAAAAAGCUGCAUGGAAGAGCAUUUGAAGAUCCUUACAUACAAGCGGAGAGGGCCAAACUUCCCUAUGAGCUUCAGAAGAUGCCAAAUGGCUCUGUAGGAGUAAAGGUGAGGUACCUGGAUGAAGAGAGACUGUUUGCAGUGGAGCAGAUCACAGGAAUGCUGCUGGCCAAACUGAAGGAGACUUCAGAAAGUGCUUUGAAGAAGCCAGUGGCCGACUGUGUGAUUUCAGUCCCUAGUUUCUUCACUGAUGCUGAAAGAAGGUCUGUAAUGGCAGCUGCACAGAUUGCAGGAUUAAAUUGUCUGAAGCUGAUGAAUGAAACUACAGCAGUUGCAUUGGCCUAUGGAAUAUACAAGCAAGAUCUGCCAGCCUUGGAAGAGAAGCCAAGAAAUGUGGUCUUUGUUGAUAUGGGGCAUUCUGCAUAUCAGGUUUCCAUCUGUGCUUUUAACAAGGGAAAACUGAAGGUCUUGGCCACUACCUUUGACCCUUUUGUAGGUGGUAGGAAUUUUGAUGAGGCUUUGGUAGAUUACUUCUCCGAAGAAUUUCGGACCAAAUACAAACUGAAUGUAAAAGAGAAUCCCCGAGCGCUGCUGCGAUUGUAUCAGGAAUGUGAAAAGCUCAAGAAGCUGAUGAGCGCGAAUGCCUCCGACCUUCCCCUCAACAUCGAGUGCUUCAUGAAUGACCUGGAUGUCUCCAGUAAGAUGAACAGAGCUCAGUUCGAGCAGUUGUGUGCUGCGCUUCUGGCCAGAGUGGAGCCUCCUCUGAGAGCAGCCAUGGAUCAAGCCAAACUUCAGCGUGAAGAUAUCUACAGUAUAGAAAUAGUAGGUGGGGCUACUAGAAUUCCAGCAGUGAAGGAACAGAUCUCUAACUUUUUCUGUAAAGAGAUAAGCACCACACUAAAUGCUGAUGAAGCUGUUGCAAGAGGCUGUGCCUUGCAGUGUGCAAUUCUUUCUCCAGCUUUUAAAGUGCGUGAGUUUUCCAUCACAGAUGUUGUUCCUUACUCUAUAACAUUGAGAUGGAAAUCAUCUUAUGAAGAGGGAACAGGGGAGUGUGAAGUCUUCAGUAAGAACCAUGCUGCUCCAUUCUCAAAAGUAAUUACUUUCCACAAGAAAGAGCCUUUUGACUUGGAAGCUUAUUACACCCAUCCACAUGAAGUGCCUUAUCCUGAUUCCAGAAUAGGGCGUUUCACUAUUCAGAACGUUGGUCCCCAGCACGACGGCGACAACUCCAAGGUGAAGGUGAAAGUGCGCGUCAACAUCCACGGGCUGUUCAGCGUGGCCAGCGCGUCCAUCAUCGAGAGGCAGAGCCUCGAGGGCGACCACAGCGACACCCCCAUGGACACAGAGUCAGCAAGUAAGAGCCAAGGCAGAGAUGAGGAGCUGGAUAAAAUGCAGGUUGAUCAAGAAGAAGGUGUGCAGAAAAGUCAAGCUGAACAACAGAACCAAGCAGAUGAGGAAACUGAAAAUGCUGGAACUGAAACAAAGGCUGCUUCUGGAGAAAAGCAAGAUCAUCCCUCGCAGCCAAAGGCUAAAACAAAAGUUAAGAGUAUUGACCUCCCUAUCCAGGCAAGCCUCUAUAGGCAGCUGGGACAAGAUCUGAUCAAUUCCUAUAUAGAAAAUGAGGGGAAGAUGAUGAUGCAAGACAAGCUUGAGAAGGAACGAAAUGAUGCGAAGAAUGCUGUUGAAGAAUAUGUGUAUGAAUUCAGAGACAAGCUGUGCGGAGUCUUUGAGAAAUUUAUCACUGAAGAGGAUUCAAACAAGCUGACCUUGAUGUUGGAGGACACAGAAAACUGGCUUUAUGAAGAUGGAGAGGACCAGCCAAAACAAGUAUACAUGGAUAAGCUUCAGGAAUUAAAGAAAUUUGGACAGCCUAUCCAGGAAAGGUGCAUGGAACAUGAAGAGAGACCAAAAGUUCUAAAUGAACUGGGAAAGAAGAUUCAGCUCCUUAUGAAAGCAGUAGAAGCAUACAAAAAUAAGGAUGAAAAAUACGACCACCUAGAUCCUGCUGAGAUGGAGAAAGUUGAAAAAUACAUUAAUGAGGCUAUGAGUUGGUUGAACAGCAAAAUGAAUGCCCAGAACAAACUCAGUCUAACUCAGGAUCCAGUUGUCAAAGUGGCAGAAAUACUAGCAAAAUCUAAGGAAUUGGAUAGCUUCUGUAAUCCCAUUCUGUCCAAGCCCAAGCCGAAGAUAGAAGCUCCCAGUGACGGGCAGUCCAAAGCUAACGGGGAACACAACGGGCCAGUGAACGGACAGAGCGCUGCUGAAACAAAACCCGAACCAGCCAAGGACAACCCUCAGCACACCAAACCCCCCGGAGAAAUGGAAGUGGACUAAACCUUGCAUUUCUUUUACUUCAUUAAAAUAGUGCAAGUAACCACAGGGUCCAUUCUUUUUGUCUGGUACACACCUCAGAUGUUCAGUUACUCUUAGCCAAACUUCUGUCAUUUGUUGCUGAGUAGUUUUGAAAGUGUUUUAUAUUAAGUACACCUCUGAUGUUCAUUUCCACUGAUGCUGCUUAUGUGGAGCUUUAGCCAAAUGUAGAUUGUAUAAGUCAGUUGAAGCUUUCCCAAUAUAUUUUAUAUCAAACAUACAGAAUUGAUAUAUAAAUGGCAACAAUCUACCUUAUUUAAAGCUUUUAUUGUGGAUAAACCUCAGCUCCUUAUUCAGGAAAGGAUACUGUAUUGCACUACUGAUGCUCAAGUGUAGAUCUAAUCGCAUCUUUAUUUUGGAAAACUAUUGGAAUUGAAGUGGCAAAACCUGUCACUUGAAGCACUGACCUUUUCUAGUUAUUGUACUGUUAUAAUUUAAAUAUUAAAAUAGAGGUUAGUUGGCA